GAGAUGUGCCCUGUAACAGAUGGUGAGGAAACUAAAGAGGUGUGCCCUGUAACAGAUGGUCUGCACACAAAAGAGAUGUGCCCUGUAAAAGAUGGCGAGGAAACUAAAGGAUGUGCCCUGUAACAGAUGGUGAGGAAACAAAAGAGAUGUGCCCUGUAACAGAUGGUGAGGAAACUAAAGAGGUGUGCCCUGUAACAGAUGGUGAGGAAACUAAAGAGGUGUGCCCUGUAAAAGAUGGUGUGCACACAAAAGAGAUGUGCCCUGUAAAAGAUGGCGAGUAAAACUAAAGGAUGUGCCCUGUAACAGAUGGCGAGGAAACUAAAAAGAUGUGCCCCGUAACAGAUUGUGAGGAAACUAAAGAGGUGUGCCCUGUAACAGAUGGUGUGCACACAAAAGAUAUGUGCCCUGUAAAAGAUGGCGAGGAAACUAAAGAGGUGUGCCCUGUAACAGAUGGUGAGGAAACUAAAGAGAUGUGCCCUGUAGCAGAUGGUGAGGAAACUAAAGAGGUGUGCCCUGUAACAGAUGGUGAGGAAACUAAAGAGAUGUGCCCUGUAACAGAUGGUGAGGAAACUAAAGAGAUGUGCCCUGUAACAGAUGGCGAGGAAACAAAAGAGAUGUGCCCUGUAACAGAUGGUGAGGAAACAAAAGAGAUGUGCCCUGUAACAGAUGGUGAGGAAACUAAAGAGGUGUGUCCUGUAAUAGAUGGUGUGGAAACAAAAGAGGUGUGUCCUGUAACAGAUGGUGAGGAAACUAAAGAGAUGUGCCCUGUAACAGAUGGCGAGAAAACAAAAGAGAUGUGCCCUGUAACAGAUUGUGAGGAAACUAAAGAGGUGUGCCCUGUAACAGAUGGUGAGGAAACUAAAGAGAUGUGCCCUGUAACAGAUUGUGAGGAAACUAAAGAGGUGUGCCCUGUAACAGAUGGCGAGAAAACAAAAGAGAUGUGCCCUGUAACAGAGUGUGAGGAAACUAAAGAGAUGUGCCCUGUAGCAGAUGGUGAGGAAACUAAAGAGGUGUGCCCUGUACAAGAUAGUGAGGAAACUAAAGAGGUGUGCCCUGUAACAGAUGGUGAGGAAACAAACGAGGUGUGCCCUGUAACAGAUGGUGAGGAAACGAAAGAGGUGUGCCCUGUAACAGAUGGUGAGGAAACUAAAGAGAUGUGUCCUGUAACAGAUGGUGAGGAAACGAAAGAGGUGUGCCCUGUAACAGAUGGUGAGGAAACAAAAGAGAUGUGCCCUGUAACAGAUGGUGAGGAAACAAAAGAGGUGUGCCCUGUAACAGAUGGUGAGGAAACAAACGAGGUGUGCCCUGUAACAGAUGGUGAGGAAACAAAAGAGGUGUGCCCUGUAACAGAUGGUGAGGAAACAAAAGAGGUGUGCCCUGUAACAGAUGGUGAGGAAACUAAAGAGGUGUGCCCUGUAACAGAUGGUGAGGAAACUAAAGAGAUGUGCCCUGUAACAGAUGGCGUGCACACACAAAAGAGAUGUGCCCUGUAACAGAUGGCGAGAAAACUAGAGGUGUGAUCCCAUGGCUACGCCAGUGCAAGUUUUUUUUUAAUUGUUUUUUUUUUUUGGGGGGGGGGGGGGGAUUUUUU